AUGCCUUCAGCUCUCCAAGAUGCGCUCCGAGCGCCCGCCUUCAUUCGCCGUUUAUUCUCGCAGUUCCCCCUCGUCACCCACCCGGUGGAUCCUCCUCCGAUGUGCGUGGAAGAUUUCCAACCGUCAGCGACCAGGCAGCAUUCGAUAAACCAUACACUCUAUAGCUUUACAGAUUCGACGGAUAGUUCGAUAGCAUCGUUUAACCCGACGUGUUUGAAGUGGCAGACAUACUUAAAAAUAAGGAAUAUACCGUUCAAAACACAACCAUCGAAUAACCACGCUUCACCGUCGGGUUCUCUACCGUUUUUGACAAUAUCAUCUCAAUCCGAUAGAACAUCACAGAUUAUUCCGUCGCCGAAAUUGGCCAAAUGGAUUGAAGAACAUGCCGUGGGAAGCGUAAAUACCGUCGAUACAGACGAUGGUGAUUACCGCGCUUUCUCAAGUUUGGUCGAGGGUGCUGUUAGGGAUGCUUGGUUAUACGCCCUCUACAUCGACCCGGAGAACCUCUCCUCCCUCACAAUUCCAAAAUACACCGCCCAAAUCUCUCUCUGGCCGAUCUCCCAAAUUCUAGGCUCCCAAAUGCGUCAAGCAGCAAUCGAUGCCAUUCGAAAAUCUUCAACGUCUACUUUACCCACAGCGACAGAUAUCUACGAAAGGGCAAUAGAAGCGUUUAGCGCUUUGAGUAUUUUAUUAUCGGGCGAUACAUGGUUUUUUGGUGCUUCCGAAGCUGGAAUGUUUGACGCUGAGGUUUUCGCUUAUACACAUUUAUUGUUGAAUUUGGAGAUUGGAGGGAGUGGGAGGGAGGUUGUGGAGGGGCUUAGGGGGUUUGGGAAUCUGGUGGAGCACGAGGAGAGGAUUCGACGGAGGUGGUUUUGA